GGGGAGCCUUGCCGAUAGACAGUGACUUGUACAUUUGUUUACUGGCAUUUGAUAGGCUGCUCUUUAUCUUGCAUGAAAAAAUAAAGACCUAGCCAGUCUAAUCCUGCUGGGAUUCUUAUCAGUGGCCCCAGGGGGUUGAGAUGCUUCAAAGCUACUGUUUAAAUGGCAAAACCAAGUAUCUUACUUGGAUAAUACUAAAGUAUGUCCUUUAUGGCUUUAUUGGAAUCUGAAUUGUAAACAUUUGGUACGGUGGAUUAAAGUUCUGCUUUAAAAUUAAUUUCUGAGUAUGUGAGAUAUGCCUUUUCUUUGUGAAUUUUGCAGUGCAGUGAAUUCAGGCUGUUUUUAAAAGGUCAAGUUUUUAAAAGGCAGGGGCAUUAGUGCCAGGGCUGCCUGAAGAUGAACAGCUAUGGAGAAAUCCUACAGUGAAAGGGGUUGGUUUUUUUUUGUUUGUUUUGAGGUGUCAUUCUAUUGAGGGUUUUAUAUAUAUAUAUCCAUCCUAAUUGUUGGCAUAACAUUAAAAUUAGUGACACAACACAGGUUUCUUGUAUAGGUUUUGAGAAACUAGCAGUCCUCAAAAUAACAGACCAAGCAAUGUAGUUUUUGCUAAUGGCACUUGCUAUGACUCAUGAUAGGGACCUACUGUUGAUGGGCAUUCCAACUAAAAUAGCUUUCACUUCACCAUUGAUUAACAUGGCUACCUUGCUAAAACAUUUUCUGAAACCAAAAGCUAGAGUGAUCAUUCAUAGCACUGUCUUAUUAAAAGACUGUCAUACUGUAUCGUAGAAAAAACCAUUCUGGGUAGUAGGAUUUGCUUCCUGGUCUAUUAGGUUAUCUGUUCUCCCUUCUAACUUGAGGUAAUGUCUGACAACAGUGCCAUUCAGGUAUUGCUUAGGUAACUAAACCAUCGAAACCAGUGAAACUGCCUUUAUACUGUUACCAAGAACAGCAGACUCCCAUUUAAAAAAAAAAAAUCUCUUAUUACCCUACUCAAAUUAUUCAUUUUUAAAAAGGCAUAGGUUUUUUUUUUAAUGUUCAUCAUCUUGACUUUUUUCUUCUCUUGAAAAUUUUUGGAUUAAUUUGAAGAUCAUUUCAAAAUAACCCAGGAUAUCACAAUCUAUUUUUCCUCUUCCUAGAUUAUUUCUCAAAACAAUGUAAUUUCUAUGUGUGAUGACGUAGCAGUCACUAACAACCUCAGCACACUUUUUGGUUAGAUAUUCCACUCCAAAUAACUAAAAUCAAUUGCUUUUGGGAUUCUAAAUGUACUUAAAGUUACAGGGACUGUAUGAAAAUGCCAGACACAUUAAUAAAUUAAAUUUUGGUGCCCCAUUCAUGAUACGGCUCUUGUAUCUCCAGAUUCUGAGAUUGAAAAUGUAACUUGAUCAAGCUAUUGAAUUACUGUAAUAAAACAAUUACUCCCUUAGAAUUUUAAUUUAGAAUUUGUCUACUUCCAAAAAGGGUUUAAAGCAGUUAUUACUAGACUGGCAUUAGGUUAUUUCACAUGUUGCGGAACAGAGGAUCUUCGUGUAUUUAGCUUAAUACAAAAAGAAAUUUUACAAGCAUAAAUAUUCACUCUUACAACAUGGUGGCAAGGCUUUUCUUUGCAUAACAAUCUUUGCCCUCUUACCUGCCAGACUCAUCUCUCAUGCUCAGUAUGUGAGACAGUUAAGUAAAGGGAAAAACACUAAAAGCAACUAAAAUGAUUGGCAAACGUCUCACUCUAACCUAAACUGCUUAGCAUACAAAAUUAUCGUCUACCCAAUAGGGUUUUAUGUCCUUUAACUGAAAAGGACACUAAAAAUAAUUAUUGUGGACUUGAGCUUUUCUCUUUCGGCGGGGCGGAGGGUGGGGGGGAGAAUCACCUCUCUUACAAAGAUAAAAGGCACAGAACUAAAGUCUUUCAUCCUUUAUUGUAUUGGUGCGAUUAUGAAAUAUUAUUAUGGCUUAUACUUUAGUAAGAAAGUACCAGGAAGGUUAUUAUUAAUCGACAAUGAAUGCCGUUGAUACCUCCAUGCUCUUUGAAGACAGGAUGCUCCGGCUUUGAAGCGCUACAUUUCUACACUGCUAACCUACAGGAACCUAUGUUGAGGUGGUCCCACCGAAAUACACGGCUAAUAGCUCAUCUCUUUCCUCCAGGAACCUUCAGGUUUUACCAAGCAUCCUUACCCUAAUUAUCUAAAUCUUUGAGACGUAAAUUAUUUGAUGUGGCUAAAAAUCCCUCUGCUAGAAUUUAGGUCCAGUCCUUUAAUGUUCGGAUACUCGAAUUCUUUAACGAAACUGAUCACUGAGCUAGGCCGACACAAGUCCGCCAAGAUGUCCGCAGAAACGUUAAGAAAAGCUGUCAUAAGGCCAGCUUGAGAGACAUCAUAAAUGGCCUUCGCUGUCCUUUGAGCUAAUUAUCUAACAGCCGAAGAGAGUGCCGGUUCUAGUUAGAAUCCGCGCGUCAGGUUCUCCAACAGUCAGAAGGGCAUGUGUGAGGGCAGGGGAGAUUUUAAACCCCGUUUCAGGCCCCCUCCCUAGGCUGUAGGAAACGACCCACUCUGAAGCCCGGCGGGGGAGGAGUGCUGCAGCCAGCUGCCGAGGAAGCGCUCUGCGGCGAGGCCUUUUCCCUGAGUCACGGAGAGGGCGGGAGGCUGCGCGCCCGUCGGCCCCCGCCACGUCCUCCUGUAAGGGGCUCAGUCGAAACAGGCAGGGGUCGCAGGGAAAGGAAGCGGCAGCCGUCAUGCCUCAAGGUGGCCCAAAAGCCUCUUCACUCCCAGGAGACGCUGCAUUUCCUUAAAACGAGCUCUCCAUUCUGGCAGCAAUCAGCCGACCCUUCCCCAUCAGUAUCACGUGCACCUGGAAGUACGUGGGUGGGACCUAAAGUGCCCACGGAAGUGACGUCGGUCGCCCCGAGUCGCAUGAUGUGGCAAAAUGAAAAAAAAAAAAAAAAAGUGGGGGGAGAAAAAGAAGAUUGGCGAAAGUGAUGAGUCUAAAAAAGUAGUCCCUCCGGUUCCUCUGUUUUCCCCCGUGUGGCGUCAGGAAGCGAGGCUCCAGGCGCACUGCACCCCGAAUUCCUGCGCCCGCCGCGCGCGCCGCUCCGUGGAGGGGUACAUAAGGCGGAGGGGGUGAAGCGACUGGGCGGAGUUCUGUCGCCGGGAUCCUUCCGCUGGGCUCAGCCGUUUCCGGAGUCUGCGCUGCGCCCGGUUCCGCCAUUGCGGCUCUUCUGGCCCCUGGAGCCUCCGCCCCCGACCCGAGCUCUUUUCGUCUGCUUGCCAGUUUCCUGCGUCCCCGGAGAGGAUCCUGCUGAGCCCAGCCUCCCCCCUCCCCUUCUCCUCCUCUCCCUUGGAGAGCCCGGGCAGCCACUGCCCCGCAGCCCCAGUGACAGGAGGAGACCAUACCCCCCGACAGCGCCAUGGCCCAGAUUCUGCCAAUUCGUUUUCAGGAGCAUCUCCAGCUCCAGAACCUGGGUAUCAACCCAGCAAACAUUGGCUUCAGUACCCUGACUAUGGAGUCUGACAAAUUCAUCUGCAUUAGAGAAAAAGUAGGAGAGCAGGCCCAGGUGGUAAUCAUUGAUAUGAAUGACCCAAGUAAUCCAAUUCGAAGACCAAUUUCAGCAGACAGCGCCAUCAUGAAUCCAGCUAGCAAAGUAAUUGCACUGAAAGCUGGGAAAACUCUUCAGAUUUUUAACAUUGAAAUGAAAAGUAAAAUGAAGGCUCAUACUAUGACUGAUGAUGUCACCUUUUGGAAAUGGAUCUCUUUGAAUACGGUUGCUCUUGUUACGGAUAAUGCAGUUUAUCACUGGAGUAUGGAAGGAGAGUCUCAGCCAGUGAAAAUGUUUGAUCGCCAUUCUAGCCUUGCAGGGUGCCAGAUUAUCAAUUACCGUACAGAUGCAAAACAAAAGUGGUUACUUCUGACUGGUAUAUCUGCACAGCAAAAUCGUGUGGUGGGAGCUAUGCAGCUAUAUUCUGUAGAUAGGAAAGUGUCUCAGCCCAUUGAAGGACAUGCAGCUAGCUUUGCACAGUUUAAGAUGGAAGGAAAUGCAGAAGAAUCAACGUUAUUUUGUUUUGCAGUUCGGGGCCAAGCUGGAGGGAAGUUACAUAUUAUUGAAGUUGGCACACCACCUACAGGGAACCAGCCCUUUCCAAAGAAGGCAGUAGAUGUUUUCUUUCCUCCAGAAGCACAAAAUGAUUUUCCUGUUGCAAUGCAGAUCAGUGAAAAGCAUGAUGUGGUAUUCUUGAUAACCAAGUAUGGUUAUAUCCACCUCUAUGAUCUUGAGACUGGUACCUGCAUCUACAUGAAUAGAAUCAGUGGAGAAACAAUUUUUGUUACUGCACCUCAUGAAGCCACAGCUGGAAUAAUUGGAGUAAACAGAAAGGGACAAGUUCUGUCAGUGUGUGUGGAAGAAGAAAACAUAAUUCCUUACAUUACCAAUGUUCUACAAAAUCCUGAUUUGGCUCUGAGAAUGGCUGUACGUAAUAACUUAGCCGGUGCUGAAGAACUCUUUGCCCGGAAAUUUAAUGCUCUUUUUGCCCAGGGAAAUUACUCGGAGGCAGCAAAGGUGGCUGCUAAUGCACCAAAGGGAAUUCUUCGUACUCCAGACACUAUCCGUCGGUUCCAGAGUGUCCCAGCCCAGCCAGGUCAAACUUCUCCUCUACUUCAGUACUUUGGUAUCCUUUUGGACCAGGGACAGCUCAACAAAUAUGAAUCCUUAGAGCUUUGUAGGCCUGUACUUCAGCAAGGGCGAAAACAGCUUUUGGAGAAAUGGUUAAAAGAAGAUAAGCUGGAAUGUUCUGAAGAACUGGGUGAUCUUGUGAAAUCUGUGGACCCUACAUUGGCACUUAGUGUGUACCUAAGGGCUAACGUCCCAAAUAAAGUCAUUCAGUGCUUUGCAGAAACAGGUCAAGUCCAGAAGAUUGUUUUAUAUGCUAAAAAAGUUGGAUACACUCCAGAUUGGAUAUUUCUGCUGAGAAAUGUAAUGCGAAUCAGUCCAGAUCAGGGACAGCAGUUUGCCCAAAUGUUAGUUCAAGAUGAAGAGCCUCUUGCUGACAUCACACAGAUUGUAGAUGUCUUUAUGGAAUACAAUCUAAUUCAGCAGUGUACUGCAUUCUUGCUUGAUGCUCUGAAGAAUAAUCGCCCAUCUGAAGGUCCUUUACAGACGCGGUUACUUGAGAUGAACCUUAUGCAUGCACCUCAAGUUGCAGAUGCAAUUCUAGGCAAUCAGAUGUUCACACAUUAUGACCGGGCUCAUAUUGCUCAACUGUGUGAAAAGGCUGGCCUACUGCAGCGUGCAUUAGAACACUUCACUGAUUUAUAUGAUAUAAAACGUGCAGUGGUUCACACCCAUCUUCUUAACCCUGAGUGGUUAGUCAACUACUUUGGUUCCUUAUCAGUAGAAGACUCCCUAGAAUGUCUCAGAGCCAUGCUGUCUGCCAACAUUCGUCAGAAUCUGCAGAUUUGUGUUCAGGUGGCUUCUAAAUAUCAUGAACAACUGUCAACUCAGUCUCUGAUUGAACUUUUUGAAUCUUUCAAGAGUUUUGAAGGUCUCUUUUAUUUUCUGGGAUCCAUUGUUAACUUUAGCCAGGACCCAGAUGUGCACUUUAAAUAUAUUCAGGCAGCUUGCAAGACUGGGCAAAUCAAAGAAGUAGAAAGAAUCUGUAGAGAAAGCAACUGCUACGAUCCUGAGCGAGUCAAGAAUUUUCUUAAGGAAGCAAAACUAACAGAUCAGCUACCACUUAUCAUUGUGUGUGAUCGAUUUGACUUUGUCCAUGAUUUGGUGCUCUAUUUAUAUAGAAAUAAUCUUCAAAAGUAUAUAGAGAUAUAUGUACAGAAGGUGAAUCCAAGUCGACUUCCGGUAGUUAUUGGAGGAUUACUUGAUGUUGACUGUUCUGAAGAUGUCAUAAAAAACUUGAUUCUUGUUGUAAGAGGUCAAUUCUCUACUGAUGAGCUUGUUGCUGAGGUUGAAAAGAGAAACAGAUUGAAACUGCUUCUGCCUUGGCUAGAGGCCAGAAUUCAUGAGGGCUGUGAGGAGCCUGCUACUCACAAUGCCUUAGCCAAAAUCUACAUAGACAGUAAUAACAACCCGGAGAGAUUUCUUCGUGAAAAUCCCUACUAUGACAGUCGCGUUGUUGGAAAGUAUUGUGAGAAGAGAGAUCCACAUCUGGCCUGUGUUGCUUAUGAACGUGGCCAAUGUGAUCUGGAACUUAUUAAUGUUUGCAAUGAGAAUUCCCUCUUCAAAAGUCUUUCUCGCUACCUGGUACGUCGAAAGGAUCCAGAAUUGUGGGGCAGCGUGCUGCUGGAAAGCAAUCCUUACAGGAGACCCUUAAUUGACCAGGUUGUACAAACAGCUUUGUCUGAGACUCAGGACCCUGAAGAAGUGUCAGUAACUGUCAAGGCUUUCAUGACUGCAGACCUUCCUAAUGAACUCAUUGAACUGCUGGAGAAAAUUGUCCUUGAUAACUCUGUAUUCAGUGAACACAGGAAUCUGCAAAACCUCCUUAUCCUCACUGCAAUUAAGGCUGACCGUACACGUGUUAUGGAGUAUAUUAACCGCCUGGAUAAUUAUGAUGCCCCAGAUAUUGCCAAUAUCGCCAUCAGCAAUGAGCUGUUUGAAGAAGCAUUUGCCAUUUUCCGGAAAUUUGAUGUCAAUACUUCAGCAGUUCAGGUCUUAAUUGAGCAUAUUGGAAACUUGGAUCGGGCAUAUGAGUUUGCUGAACGUUGCAAUGAACCUGCGGUCUGGAGUCAACUUGCAAAAGCCCAGUUGCAGAAAGGAAUGGUGAAAGAAGCUAUUGAUUCUUAUAUCAAAGCAGAUGAUCCUUCCUCCUACAUGGAAGUUGUUCAGGCUGCCAAUACUAGUGGAAACUGGGAAGAACUGGUGAAGUACUUGCAGAUGGCCCGUAAGAAGGCUCGAGAGUCCUACGUGGAGACAGAACUGAUAUUCGCGCUGGCUAAAACAAACCGCCUUGCAGAGUUAGAAGAAUUUAUCAAUGGACCAAAUAAUGCUCAUAUCCAACAAGUUGGUGACCGUUGUUAUGAUGAAAAAAUGUAUGAUGCUGCUAAGUUGUUGUACAAUAAUGUUUCCAAUUUUGGACGUUUGGCAUCUACCCUGGUUCACCUGGGUGAAUAUCAGGCAGCUGUUGAUGGGGCUAGGAAAGCUAACAGUACUCGAACAUGGAAAGAGGUCUGCUUCGCCUGUGUAGAUGGGAAAGAAUUCCGUCUUGCUCAGAUGUGUGGACUUCAUAUUGUUGUACACGCAGAUGAAUUAGAAGAACUUAUCAACUACUAUCAGGAUCGUGGCUAUUUUGAAGAGCUGAUUACCAUGUUGGAAGCAGCACUGGGACUUGAGCGAGCUCACAUGGGAAUGUUUACUGAAUUAGCUAUUCUAUACUCUAAAUUUAAGCCUCAGAAAAUGAGGGAGCACCUGGAGCUGUUCUGGUCUAGAGUGAAUAUUCCCAAGGUGCUAAGAGCUGCAGAACAAGCUCAUCUUUGGGCAGAACUGGUGUUUUUGUAUGACAAGUAUGAAGAAUAUGAUAAUGCCAUAAUCACCAUGAUGAACCAUCCAACUGAUGCUUGGAAAGAAGGGCAAUUCAAAGAUAUCAUUACCAAGGUUGCCAAUGUGGAACUAUACUACAGAGCAAUACAGUUCUACUUAGAAUUCAAGCCUCUGUUGUUAAAUGAUUUGCUGAUGGUGCUGUCUCCACGGUUGGAUCACACUCGUGCAGUCAAUUAUUUCAGCAAGGUUAAACAGCUACCACUGGUGAAACCAUAUUUGCGUUCAGUUCAGAACCAUAACAACAAAUCUGUGAAUGAAUCACUGAACAACCUUUUUAUUACGGAAGAAGAUUAUCAGGCUCUGCGAACAUCAAUAGAUGCUUAUGACAACUUUGACAAUAUCUCGCUUGCUCAGCGUUUGGAAAAACAUGAACUCAUUGAGUUCAGGAGAAUUGCUGCUUAUCUCUUCAAAGGCAACAAUCGCUGGAAACAGAGUGUAGAGCUGUGCAAGAAAGACAGCCUUUACAAGGAUGCAAUGCAGUAUGCUUCUGAAUCUAAAGAUACUGAGUUGGCUGAAGAACUCCUGCAGUGGUUUUUGCAGGAAGAAAAAAGAGAGUGCUUUGGAGCUUGUCUGUUUACCUGUUACGAUCUUUUAAGGCCAGAUGUCGUCCUAGAAACUGCAUGGAGGCACAAUAUCAUGGAUUUUGCCAUGCCCUAUUUCAUCCAGGUCAUGAAGGAAUACUUGACAAAGGUUGAUGCAAUAAAGGAAAAGGUGGAUAAAUUAGAUGCUUCAGAAUCACUGAGAAAAGAAGAAGAACAAGCUACAGAGACACAACCCAUUGUUUAUGGUCAGCCCCAGUUGAUGCUGACAGCAGGACCCAGUGUUGCCGUCCCUCCCCAGGCACCUUUUGGUUAUGGUUAUACCGCACCACCAUAUGGACAGCCACAGCCUGGCUUUGGGUACAGCAUGUGAGAUGAAAAGCUGAUCCUGUAGUCACCUAUUUUCGUACUGAAACAUCGUCUCUACCCACUUCUCAGUUUAUAAUGGGGGAAACAGGCAACGUGUUCUUGUAACCUUUAUUUCAUGAAGGACUCCUUUUUGUUUCUAACUGUAAACUUGGAUCGCCUAUGUUAAAACCUUAUUUCACAUUCCACAUCAUUUUAGAAUUUAUUUUCAAAGGGGAAUAGUUUCAAUGUUUUAUUCACUUGGGCUUUUUUUCUUCCCCCUCAUUCUUUAAAGAACUGCUCAAUAUUCAAUCUGUUGUGAAGAACCUGAUUUGCACUCUGUAGUGUUUAAAGAAACAAAGAAACUCUAAUAUUGAAUCUUUUAAAUUUAGUGUAUGUAAACAGCUUACAAAUACAUAUUGUCUAAAUGCAUUUAAAUCUGUUUUAUUCAAAGAAAAGCUAAAGUAAAAAUACUGGCAUAUGACCAUGCAAGACUGUCAGUGCCAACAAAGACAACACUAAUCAGCACAUCCUACACUGGAUUGCAGUGCUCUCCAGAUUAUUUGAAAAAUGUUACAGACAACUUGCCUGAUUUUUAAAUGAGCAUAAAAGGCCCUCUAACCUAUGCAGGUUUCCCCAUUAUGCAUAUAGAAAAUGCUAGUAUGUUUUGCUUACUUCAUAUGUAACAGGUGCCCUUAUGUUGUGCUGUAUCCUGUGCUUUUUCUGUGGGACCAUUCCAUUCAGGAGCAAAGAGCACCAUGAUUCCAAUCUUGUGUGUGUUUACUAACCCUUCCCUGAGGUUUGUGUAUGUUGGAUAUUGUGGUGUUUUAGAUCACUGAGUGUACAGAAGAGAGAAAUUCAAACAAAAUAUUGCUGUUCUUCAGUUUUGUUUGUGGAAUUUGAAAUUACUCAAAUUUAAAAUAAAUUACUGGACUGUGGAAAUAA